AUGGCCUCGCGACCUCAGAAUAUCGGUAUCAAGGCCAUUGAGAUUUAUUUCCCCAGCCAGUAUGUGGAGCAAUCCGAGCUCGAAAAGUUCGAUGGAGUUAGUACCGGCAAGUACACGAUUGGCCUUGGCCAGACGAAGAUGAGCUUCUGCGAUGAUCGUGAGGACAUCUACUCGUUUAGCUUGACCGUCGUGUCCAAGCUCCUCAAGAACUACAACAUCGACCCCAAUUCAAUCGGCCGCCUAGAGGUCGGCACCGAGACCAUUCUCGACAAGUCCAAGUCGGUCAAGUCGGUGUUGAUGCAGUUGUUUGGCGACAACACCAACAUUGAGGGUGUCGACACGGUCAACGCGUGCUACGGCGGCACGAAUGCCCUGUUCAACAGCGUCAAUUGGAUCGAGUCUUCAGCUUGGGAUGGUCGGGAUGCCAUCGUUGUUGCUGGCGACAUCGCUCUUUACGCAAAAGGCAAUGCACGUCCCACGGGUGGCGCUGGUGCCGUCGCCAUGCUGAUUGGCCCCGAUGCGCCCAUCGCUUUCGAGCCCGGUCUCCGGGGUAGCUACAUGCAGCACGUCUACGAUUUCUACAAGCCCGACCUAACCAGCGAGUACCCCUACGUCGAUGGCCACUACUCGGUCAACUGCUACCAAAAGGCCCUCGACGCCGCCUACCGCGCCUACAACAAGCGCGAGGCCCAGCUUACGAAGGGCGUCAACGGCCACCUCAAUGGCAACGGCGUCCAUGAUGGCGCUCUGCCCAAGACGCCUAUCGAUCGCUUCGAUUACAUGGCUUUCCACGCCCCCACGUGCAAGUUGGUAGCCAAGUCGUACGCGCGCCUCCUCUACCUCGACUUCCUUGCCGACCCAGAAAACCCCGCCUUCGCUGAUGUGCCCCCGGAGGUGCGCGACAUGGACUAUGAGAAGUCGCUAACCGACAAGGUCGUUGAAAAAACCUUUAUGGCGCUUACCAAGAAGCGCAUGGCCGAGCGUGUCAACCCCUCGACCCACGUCCCCACCAACUGCGGCAACAUGUAUUGCGGCAGCGUCUACGGCGGCCUGGCCAGUCUGAUCAGCCUCGUUGACAGCUCUACGCUCCAGGGCAAGCGGAUAGGUGUGUUCAGCUACGGCUCCGGUCUGGCUGCGAGUUUCUUCUCGUUGCGCGUGACCGGCAGCACUGAGAAGAUCGCCAAGGUUCUGGACAUUAACAACAGACUGGCCGCGCGGCGGGCAGUGCCUCCGGAGACGUACGAUGCGAUGUGCGACCUCCGCAAGAAAGCCCACCUUCAAAAGAACUUCACACCCGAGGGCGAUGUCUCAACCAUCGCUCCCGGCACAUACUACCUGGAGAAGGUGGACGACAUGUUCAAGCGCUACUAUUCGGUCAAGGCAUAG